AUGAAUGCUCUUAUAGCAGAACUUCAGCAAACUGCAAGGAAGCCUCCCCAAACAGUUCCUGUUGAUACCGAAACUCCAUCUGAAAGUGAUCCAAAAGACUCAGCCAACGCUUUACUCCCAAGGAAGCAAAAGAGAAGAGAUCCAAGGGCGGGAGUGCUUAUCACAGACCUAGUUCACAAGAAAUCUACACCGAUUGAGCCUGGUUCUAUGGCUCAAAACAUUCAAGGCACAUUCAUUGAGUCCUCUUCAGUGAUUCAAUACAUACCAAGCCCAACUCCCGGGUCCAUUCCUAUGGAUCAGGAUUUUCAAAGCCCUAUUGUUGAAGAAGAAGUCAUACCUUCAGAAGGAGCUCAAGCUUCAAGAUGCUCAUUUGAAACACCCGAGCUGGACAUCUCCAAAGGCAAAAACAAGUUGCCUGAAUCUGAAUUCGUUGAUGUGGUUCUGCUUCAGAACAAAGUCUUUGAUCUGGAACAAAGCUCUACUGAAAAGGAUUUGAUUAUUGGAAAGCAGGACAUUCGAAUCAGCGAGCUUGAGAAAGAGAACUCCAAUAAAGAUUCAAAGAUCUCAGAACUUCAAGAAAAUAUUGGUGGUCUAACUGCUCUAUUCUUUGAUCUGAAACAACGCCUAUUUCAAAAGUUUAGUGAUGAAUUUCAACCUUUGAGUGCUGAAGGAGAAAAGAUCACUGCUUCUAGUUUAGGUCCCGCCAAUCCAGCUUCUCAAUCUUCAAGUGAAAGAGCUACAAGACCUACUCCAGAUGCUAAUUUUGAUACAUUCUUAUCUUCUGGUCCUACUACUGCUCAAGAAAGAAGAGAGAAGCAAAUUAGGGUUGAGCAGUUGAAAGGGAAAAUACUCAUGAUGAAGCAUUCAUAUCAAAAUGCUCCAGAUUAUCGUAGAGAAUGA